AUGCCACAAUCUAUGAAUAUCAGAUUCAUAUCCCUUCUUUUCACUUUCAUAGUUAUAUCAAUUGUGUCAUCAACAUCUGCAUCAGAUGAUUAUCAAGCUUAUAUUGUUCUUAUGGACAAAUCAAUGAUGCCAUCUCCUUUUUCUAAUCUCCAUAACUGGUACACUUCUGUACUUUUAACUCUUUCGGAUGGAGUUCCCGCAAAGCAUCUGUACACGUAUCACCAUGUCAUGGACGGGUUCAGUGCGGUCCUAACCAAAAAACAACUAAUCCAGCUUGAGAAAACUCCCGGCCAUCUUGCUACGUUUGAGGAGAAAGUUGGACAGGCUCACACGACGCAUACACCUAAGUAUUUGGGACUAAAGAAACAUGUUGGUUUAUGGCCCGUUUCUGGGUUUGGUGAAGAUAUGAUUAUUGGCAUACUUGAUACUGGCAUUUGGCCCGAAAGUGACAGUUUUCAUGACAAAGGGAUGUCAGAAGUCCCUUCUCGUUGGCGUGGAACUUGUGAAGAUGAAGAUUUUUGUAACAAGAAACUUAUUGGUGCACGUUCAUUCAGUGAGGGAAUGAAACACCGAAGGGAGAACAUUUCAAAAACAGAUGACUAUGAUUCUCCUAGAGACUACGAAGGACAUGGGACACACACAUCUUCAACAGCAGCUGGCAGUCGUGUAGAAAAUGCUGAUUAUUUCGGGUAUGCAAAGGGGACAGCCACAGGAAUAGCACCAAACGCUCGGUUAGCCAUGUACAAAGUGUUGUUUCUUGACAACUCAUAUGAUGCUGCAGCAAGUGACACAUUAGCCGGAAUGGAUCAGGCUAUAGAAGAUGGCGUGGAUCUGAUGUCAUUAUCAUUAGGCUUUAUCGAGACAAGAUUUUCUCAAAACCCUAUUGCAAUUGGAGCAUUUGCAGCUAUGGAAAAAGGGAUCUUUGUAUCUUGUUCAGCCGGGAAUGCUGGCCCUCAUUAUUACACGAUAACUAAUGGAGCUCCUUGGAUUACAACUGUUGGUGCAGGAACCAUAGACCGUAAAUUGGCAGCAUUCGUGACACCAAGUGAUCAGAAGUAUGGAACACUAAUUGGGAAAUCGAUUUACCCCGAAAAUCUGUUGGUUGAAAGGGUCCCUAUCUACUACGGAUAUGGAAACACAAGCAAAGAAACUUGUGACUAUCUUGAUCCUAAAGAUGUUAAAGGCAAGUACGUUUUUUGUGAAAACGAUUAUGGAUUGACAGUUGAAGAUUUUGAAGCGAGUGGAGCUCUUGGAGUUAUUUCAAGCUCAGAUUCAGGAAAUUUCCGCCGACCAAAAGAUUUCAACUUGCCCUUCGUCAUACUGGAAACCAAGGUGGCAGAGUCAUUAAAAGAAUACAUAAUUAACACAAAAAACGCAAGUAUCAGUGUGAAGUACAGUGAAACUGUUUUGGGAGUUAAGCCAGCUCCACAGGUUGCAGACUUUUCAUCAAGAGGGCCUGACCAGAGAUCUCCAUGGAUCCUAAAACCUGAUCUUUUGGCACCUGGAGUUGAUAUCUUGGCUGCCUGGGCACCAAAUAGACAAAGUGCAACAAUUGGAGAUGAUUAUUUGCUUACUGAUUAUAAUGUUGUAUCUGGGACAUCAAUGGCUUCUCCACAUAUAGUAGGCAUAGCAGCCUUAUUGAAAUCAGCCCACAAGGACUGGAGUCCAGCUGCAAUUCGGUCUGCAAUGAUGACAACAGCUGAUAUUCUCGACAACAAUAAAAGCACAAUCAUUGACAUGACCAGCGCAGAACAAGGCAAUCCUCUUGAUUUUGGUGCAGGUCAAGUUAACCCAAAUAAAGCCAUGGAUCCUGGUCUAGUUUACGACAUUCAAGCUGAAGACUACAUCAACUAUCUUUGUGCAUUGAACUACACACAAAACGAGAUACGGAUCAUUUCAAAGAAAUCAGUGAUUGAUUGUUCAAAUGCAACCCUUGAUCUUAACUACCCUUCAUUCAUUCUAAUUUUGAACAAUACAAACACGACCCGUGUCACUUUUGAAAGGGUGUUAACGAAUGUGGCGGAGACAUCAAGUUCUACGUAUCGAGCAAUGGUGCAAACUUCUGCAAUAGGUAUGAACGUUGUCGUGGAGCCUGCAACGAUUUUUUUCAAAGGGAAGUAUAGUACGGCUAAGUUUAAGGUUACUGUCGAUAUUGACUUAACUCAUGUACCUCCAUCUUAUUAUGGAUAUUAUGGUAACUCUGGGUACUUAAGCUGGUACGAGGUGAAUGGAACUCAUGUCCUUAGUAGUCCUAUUGUAUCUGCAAUCGCAUCAGCUAGACCCAUCUAA